AUGGACGAGCCGGCUGGCGACAGUGACACCCCUCCAGCAGCAAUGGAUAUGGCUGCUGAUACUCUGGAGAGUGAGACAAGCAAUUGGAAUGAGCAUCCCAAGCCCAACCAGUUUCUCUUAGAAACUGAGGGUGGCUACAAUGAUGAAAACAUGGAAGAAGACCAUGAAGAAAUGCCGACAGGUAACAUAGCAGACGUUGGUGACUGUCUCCCUGAGGAUGGGUGCGAAUACGAGAUAGGGAAGCGACUCCUCUUCACAGCUGUAUUGGCGAGUGGAAAACAGGUCACUCAAGCCUCAAUCCGCGAAAAUAAUCCCACAACUAAGGACAAAGCUCCCGAUCAUUCUUCUGACGACCCUUCCGAAGACCAAGAAGAUACUCAAGCUCCAACUGCACAACUCGACGAGUCUCAAGACUAUCACGACAUUGCAGGCGAAUUGGCUCGCGGUGAACUUACCUAUGAACGAAUGUCUGCUCAAGGUCCUCCUAGAGUCGAUCUCUCGCUACGGAUUUUUAUGCUCCAAGGGCACCAAUCAUACAUCGAGGUCAUCUUCCGCAUCAUCUACGAGACAGACGGUGUGUCCUCAGACCACUUGAGCGAAGACAAAGCUGGUUUUCGUUUGACAUCUCAGCACCUUGACCUUGAUCGGCCUUUUGAGGUUAGAGAAGUUGUUACCAGCGAAAAAAUGGCUGAUUUUAAAGAGAACGAACUUGACACCGCAGGAAAGGUCCUUGUUGAUGCCGUUCCACAAAGCGUUUCAGACAACUUUCCAAGGUUUAUGCACCAUGUGAACACACGGCAGAUGUUUCAAGUAACGAUCAACCGUGCCAAAGAGUUGGGUGGUCUCUACGCAUGGAACCUGUACAAAGAUGACCGCAUUAUAAAGCAUGGAAGUCAGGAAAAAAAGGUUCGCAGGCUUGCCUCCCAACUGGCUUCAUCUGAAACCCUCGUGUUCUAUGUCCGUGGGAGCGAGAUAAUGAUCAGUCUUGAGCGUCUUGGAAAAUUGCUUGUUGACCAAGCGGAAUCACCUCCCUGGCAAGCAUACAUGCCCAAAAACCGCAAAGCAGGAACGCCUAUUUUUAUUCAGGCAGGCAAGAACCAGACAAUGCCAAGAAGAGAAAGGCCAAAGAUCACACCCGGCGCCAACCUGAGCUAUGCGUCGUGGGAAGAAUACACGAUUGCUUUUGGAAUGGCCGCUCAGCAGGAACACGAGAACGAGGUUGUUCGUGACAGUUGCCGUCAACUCAGGGGUUGUGAGUUGCGAUUUGUGGCUAUUCCCUAUGCUGGCAAUCGUCGAUACUUCGCUCUGAUGGACACCAGAGAACAGAUCGGUAUGGAGUUGAACGAGGAUGAUCAGGUUAAAAUAAAUAUGCGUGCCGAUAUUGAUGAAUACAUCCCCAUCGAUCCAAACGCGGGUUGGAGUGGGCGUGUCGUGGAACAGCCUCCCUUCGUUCACCCGAAGUUCCUAGUUUUUCUGGUGACGCGACCUUGGGAUAAACAAAAUGCAAGAUGGCUUGAUGAAGAUCUGCAAAUACCUGCAAUUGACUUAUCUCAACAGAGGAGUGACAAAAUCCAUGAAAUACUUGAGAGCGCCAGACAAAAAUACGUCACUAUCUCCUUGGUCUCAUCCCAGAAAACAUAUCGACAGGAAAUUGUCAGCCUAGAUGAAAUAAGACAAGGAAACUGCUCUCAACAUGUAAAACAAAUCCUCUUGGCAAAUGACUUUCAAAGUCUUCCGCAAGUCAAUUUGUUUAAGGAUCUUGAGCAUUUCCCACAUGACAAAAUCUUGUCAAUGAUGGAGAAGGCUUUCGAGUUUGACAAACAGCAGAUGUUGUUUGUGCGACAGUGUUUUGGUCUCCCGGGUGGUUGGGGAAUGCUCUUCGGGCCACCAGGGACAGGAAAGACGUUUGAACUUAUCCACCUCAUAACACCUAUCCUCGCCAACCAGCGCAUGAUUUCUCAGGACACCGACGAAACCCCAAAUCGACAAAUCUUAAUCGUAACAAGUGCAAAUGAACCAGCAACUGACAUUGCACUUAAACUUUGGGAGCACAAUAAGGACAAAAUUGGUCAUUUACAACGCCUUCCAAUGGUGGUCAGAGCGCACUCUCGCGAGACAGAAGAAGCUGUUGCUCGACUUUGGCAACAGCCAAAAGACAAGCCCAGAAGCCCAAGUUCCAGACCCCCAAUCAUUUCCCAGAAUAUUCUUGAUGGUCAGAGUGCUGAAGACAUUGACAUGCUGGAUCUCAUCAGCAUGUCGAAGGUGUUACUUGAUACCCACUCAAGAGCAACCAAAACUAGGUUUGAAGGAAUUAAGGACCCACGCUUUCGUGCCAAGGAUAUCAGUGUUGGUGCAUGGAUGCUGCGUCGGUUGGGUCUUAUUUCGGACGAACCUAAAGAAUUCCAAGGUUUUAGUCACCCUGAAAAGUACACUGACAUUCUGAAUGGCUUCUCACUCAUCGCGAAUGGAGAAAGUCAUGCGACCAAAGAGGAUCGUGAAGCUUUCACGAAGGGGAUCCGUGAGCUACAAUACGACAUCAUUCGGCACGCAGAUGUCGUCGUUACCACCCUCUCAAAUGCCGGAACGGAAUGGAUCAAAUUGAACGCCAAUUUCGACGCCAUCUUCCUCGAUGAAGCAGGCCAAGCCCCGGAACCUCAGGUAUGGAACGCGCUGGCAGUACACAAGCCACGAGUGUUCAUCCAAUUCGGCGAUCCCCGACAACUGCCGCCGUUUUGCAAAUCGUCUACUGUCCGGGAGAACAAUUUCUAUCUGGUGCUCCAUACCUCACUCUUCGCCCGUCUAGAGCGUGCCGGAUUCCUUCACGUUAUGCUUGAGAGGCAGCACCGCAUGCAUGAGACAAUUUGCAAACUUGUGUCCGACCUAUCUUACCACGGACGGAUGAUCACGGUAGAUAGCGAAUCGAACUAUCUAACUUCCAGACGUGUUUCGCGUUUUAACCGCAAAUACGGAAAGGAGCGCACUGCCAUCUACCUCGAUGUUGCUGGCAGUAAAGAGGAAUUGAAUUCCACCAAGUCUAAAGCCAAUCUUGACCACCGGAAGAUUGUGUUGGAAUUGGCAGCAAGUCUCCUACGGGAAAAUGUCGUCCUCGGUUCACAGAUCGCAAUAAUUACACCGUAUUCGUAUCAAAGGAAUAUGUAUCGUUGUGAUGUUUCGUCAAUGGCACGCGCGCAUCCACAAAUUGGUCAGAAGCUUCUUGAUAUCGUUAUCACAACCAUCGAUGGCUUCCAAGGCCGAGAGCGCGAAGUCUGUAUCGUGGACCUAACAUGUACAGAACGAAUUGGGUUUUUGCAUGCGGCCCAACGCAUAAACGUUGCGCUCUCCAGGGCAAAAUGCGGGUUGUAUGUUGUUGGUAAUGUGCGGGCUAUGUCAGAAGACCGUAAGUACCAGGGAUACCGUCGACCAAGCUUGUUAAACAAACUGGCGACACAGCUCGGCAAUGACCUGGCAAUUGUCCAAGUGAAUCCGAAGGGCGGAUCUCGACAAAAACGCGGGCGACACCCUCGACGCGAACCAAACCCAAAUCAAGGAGCGAGCACUGUUGAGGUUGGGAAAUUCGUAGAUGGUAAUUUGGAGGAAGACUUUGACAUGGAGAUACAAAAAUGGUAG